ACUGAGCGUGCAAUCAAUGCAGCUAAAUCUAUGGGAGGAGAAGUUCAGAAAGUGGUUUUACAACGACGAUUUAAGUAUUUUCCUCAUGUUGGUAGCCAAGAUAUCAAGGAGGGAUUUUAUGAAAAGUUUGAGUCUGAACUUCAAGGAAAAAGGAACACCUACUAUGUAGGUGGGUUGACCGCAUUUGAGCUUACUGAGAGAAUUUCAUCUUAUGCCAUGGCUCUAAUCUGCAAGCACUUUGCAAAUGACAACUCUGUGCCAAUAUUCCCAUAUGUUAGGAGUUUGUUUCAGCUGCAAUCUGAUUUUUCGGGGUGGAGAUCAAAAGAAUUGGAUGAAUUCCCAGGAGUCGAAUUCCCUCAACUGUCUAGUCUUGAUUGCUACUUGAAGCAUUGGGGAACUCACAGGAUCACUCAGAAAAAGACACUCUACACUUGGAUCAAUGAUCAAGGGGAAGUUUUGUGUGAGAGGACAUAUGAAACACUUAACGCUAAUGCCUAUUGCAUUGCUCAUAAGAUCUUGACAUGCCAAAAACCAGCUAUGAAGACUGGUGACAGAGUCCUUCUGGUUUAUAUCCCAGGUCUUGACUUUAUUGAUGCAUUCUUUGGAUGCCUAAGAGCUAAGGUACUACCUGUCCCAGUUCUUCCCCCAGAUCCUCUGGAAAGAGGUGGGCAAGCGCUUUUGAAGAUUGUAAACAUCGCAAAAUCAUGCAAUGCAGUGGCCAUUUUAUCAACAAUUUCUUAUCACUCAGCAAUUCGAGUAGGUGCAGUAAAAAGUCUGCUCACAUUGAGUGGAAAGAAGGGGAAAUCUGCAGCUCAGUGGCCCAACCUUCCCUGGUUGCACACAGAUUCUUGGAUUAAAAAUUCUAAAGGUUUAAACUAUGAAUCCAUAGCUGAUCAAUCUGACUCUUAUCCAGAUGAUCUAUGUUUUCUACAGUUCACAUCAGGCUCCACUGGUGAUGCUAAAGGCGUCAUGAUUACUCAUGGUGGUCUAAUUCAUAAUGUGAAGCUGAUGCGAAGAAGAUACAAGAGCACCUCAAAGACAAUACUAGUAAGCUGGCUUCCUCAAUAUCAUGAUAUGGGGCUUAUUGGGGGACUUUUUACUGCUUUGGUUAGUGGUGGAUCGGCAAUAUUGUUUUCCCCACUGACAUUCAUCAAGAAUCCUCUCUCGUGGCUUCAGACCAUGAGCAAAUACAGGGCUACUCACAGUGCUGGACCAAACUUUGCUUUUGAGAUGGUGGUCCGAAGAUUGGAGUCUCACAAGGAUAGAGUCCAAAAAUAUGACCUUUCUUCAGUUAUUUUUCUUAUGGUUGCUGCAGAACCAGUGAGGCAGAAAACUUUGAAGAGAUUUGUUGAGCUCACUCGUCCGUUUGGAAUUUCUCAAGAAGUGAUGGCUCCAGGUUAUGGUCUUGCAGAAAAUUGUGUCUUUGUUAGUUGUGCAUAUGGAGAAGGGAAGCCCAUCAUGGUUGAUUGGCAGGGAAGAGUAUGCUGUGGGUAUGUCAGUCCAGACAAUGCAGAUGUUGACUUCAGGAUAGUCAAUCCGGACAAUCAUGAAGAGUUCAAAGAAGAUGGAAAAGAAGGAGAAAUAUGGAUUAGCAGCCCAAGUGCUGGAGUUGGGUAUUGGGGGAGGGAAGAACUCAGCCAGAACACUUUCAGAAAUAAGGUUCAAAACAAUGCAGAAAGAAGAUAUGUAAGAACUGGAGAUCUGGGACGAAUAAUUGAUGGAAAAUUGUUCAUCACUGGAAGAAUUAAAGAUCUUAUAAUUGUAGCAGGAAGGAACAUUUACUCAGCAGAUGUAGAAAAGACAGUUGAGACUUCAUCAGAACUUAUACGUCCAGGAUGUUGUGCUGUCAUUGGUGUUCCAGAGGAAGUUCUUUCAGCAAAGGGAAUUUCAGUUCCUGAUGGUUCUGAUCAAGUGGGGUUGGUUGUGAUUGCCGAGUUAAGAGAUGGUAAGCCCGUUGACAAACAUAUUGUUGAACAAAUUAAAACCCGUGUUUCAGAAGAACAUGGCGUUAAUGUUGCUGCUGUCAAGUUGAUCAAGCCCAAGACGAUUAGUAAAACAACAUCUGGAAAAAUAAGGAGAUUCGAAUGUCUCAAGCAGUUUACUGAUGGAACUUUGAACAUAAUUCCAGAACCAAUCUUGUCGAAGAAAAUUUUACAUCGAUCAUUGACUACAGGUACAUGUAGGGAGGGGUAUACACCUUGCUCUCACCCAGUUAGCAGUCCUUUACCAAACCCCAAAUCAAAUAAUAGAGAUAUUGUGGAGUUUCUGAAGGAGCUUGUUUCUCAUCAGACUGGGAUUCCUAUUGCGAAAAUCUCUGCCACAGAGAGCAUUGUGUCUUAUGGAAUAGAUUCCAUUGGUGUAGUAAGUGCAGCCCAAAAGCUCUCAGACUAUCUUGGAGUGCCUAUUGGAGCAGUUGAUAUAUUUACAGCAACCUGCAUUGCAGACUUGGCAAGCUUCUGUGAGAAUAUUGUACAAAAGUCUCAACCUCAACUAACAAUCACCACGUCUUAUCCUACAGAUUCUGCUAUUAAAUCUGAUGACCUAGUGACAGAGAUCUCCAAUUUCCGCCGAUUGGGUAUCUGGUCUGUCCAAUUUCUUGCCCUGAUAUAUAUAUCUGCCAUGCUUAUAUUUCCUGCUUAUGUGUCACUUUCUGCUUUCAUAAGCUUUGUCUCAACCAUCCAUAACUCAGUGCUCGAAAUUCCCUGGUCAGACUAUUUGUUUCCAAUUUUUCUUGCUCCCUUUGCUUGGAUCCUUUGCAUUGUCUUAACCUGCAUUUGCAUCGCUUUCUUUGGGAAUCCUUUUCUACAACCAAAUUAUGCCCUUAAUUAUGAAAUUUCAAUUUGGUCAAUGGACUUUGUUAAGUGGUGGGCACUUUACAAAGUCCAACAAAUUUCUUCCAAAGUUUUUGCUGAACAUUUGAGGGGAACAAUAUUCCUAAAUUAUUGGUUUAAGAUGCUGGGAACUAGGAUUGGAUCAUCAGUUUUGCUGGACACAGUUGACAUUACAGACCCACCUCUGGUUUCAAUUGGAGAUGGAGCUGUAAUAGCGGAGGGGGCAUUGAUUCAAAGUCAUGAAGUGAGGAGUGGAAUUUUGCGCCUCCAUCCAAUUAGAGUUGGUAGAAAUUCGUCUAUUGGUCCAUAUGCUGUAAUUCAAAAAGGGAGCACAUUGCUAGAAGGAGCUAACGUGUUGCCGUUGCAGAAGAGUGAUGUGGGCAACCCUGUACUCAAGUCUUCCAAGGUUAACAAUAUUCAGAAGGGACAAGUGUUGCCAGUUACUGCUGGUCAGACUCGAAAUGAGGCCAUUUAUCACUUCAUUGGCAUAUAUUUAGUCAGUUUCCUUGGCACCCUUUCAGCAGCUUUUAUCUACUUCCUCUGCAUUUGGCUAACUCAAAAUCCUGCAUCCCCUAAGCACUUCGCAUUUGUCUGUAUAUCUGGAGCAUUUCAUUGGAUUGUAUUUCCCAUUAUUGCCUAUACUACCAUGUUUGCAAAUAUCCCGUCAAAUCCAGCUGCCUUUGCUAUCUCAAUGGCCACCGUUUACUUCCUUCAUGGUCUUGUACUCAGCAUCGUCACGUGCACUUUGACUCACAUUCUUGCUGAUAAACAACGAACAGAGCAAUAUCAUCUAAAAACAUGGCUUCGCCAUAGGAUUACCAUUGCCUGUCACCUCAGAUUUGCCAAGCUCUUGUCUGGGACAGAAGCCUUCUGCAUCUACUUAAGGUUUCUGGGCGCAAAGGUAGGUAAGCAUUGUUCCAUCAGAGCAAUCAAUCCAGUUUCGAACCCAGAACUGAUUGCAAUCGGUUCUGGCGUCCAUCUUGGUGACUUCAGUCGAAUCAUUUCUGGGUUCUAUUCCCCUGGUGGCUUUGUUCGGGGGAAAGUAAAAAUAGAAGACAAUUCAGUUGUUGGAAGUCAUAGCCUAAUCCUCCCAGGUUCAACGGUUCAAAGAGACGUUAUUCUUGGUGCACUCUCAGUAGCUCCAGUGAAUUCAGUUCUCCAGAGAGGCGGUGUCUAUGUUGGGUCCCAAGUUCCGGUCAUGGUCAAAAACACUUAUCAUGUUUUGGAUGACAGAAUAGAAGAGAUGGACAUGAAAUAUAAGAAGAUAGUUGGGAAUCUGGCUGCAACUUUGGCUGCCACCACUUUGAAGGUCAAGUCAAGAUAUUUCCACAGAGUCGGUGUUGCAGGGAGGGGACACUUGAAAAUUUAUGAGAAGAUUGAAGGAUUUGGCAGUCACAAAAUCUUUCAUCCUGGACGGGUCUACCCUGUUCUAGUCCGGCAUAGUAAUAGCUUGGCCGCUGAUGAUGAUGCACGGAUUGAUGCACGUGGGGCAGCAAUAAAAAUACUUUCAGAUGAUGGUAGCAGUCCCCUUCUUGACUUGACUCUAAAAACAGGAAAGGCAUUCUAUGCUCGCACUAUUGCUGAUUUUGCAACGUGGCUAGUUUGUGGUCUAGCUGCAAGGGAGGAGCAUGUGAAAAAGGCCCCGCAUGUGCGUGAUGCAGUUUGGGCAUCCCUACGCCUAGCCAACUCAUACACAGAACUGCAUUAUUACUCAAAUUUCUGUAGACUUCUUCGUUUUGAAGAUGGAAAGGAAAUGUAUGUGAAAUUCAAGUUAACGCCUUAUAAUGAAGAAAUUAAUGAGGAUUCUGGUAAGGUAGAGCCUAUCGGGAUUCUUCCACCAGAAACAGGAACUAUUCCACGGGACGAAAAGGAUACUCGCCCCUUACUUUUUCUUGCUGAAGAUUUCCAGAAACGUGUGAGUUCCAGUUAUGGGGUUCGCUAUAUCUUUCAGAUGCAAAUAAGACCAGUACCAGAUGAUGAGGCAGUCCAGGAAAUUGCACUUGACUGCAGCAGACCUUGGGAUGAGAUUGAGUUCCCUUAUAUUAAUGUCGGGGACAUCACUGUUGAAGAAAAUGCUACACGGGAAGAAGCAGAAGCAUUGGAGUUCAAUCCUUUCCUGCGCUGCCAUGAGGUUGACAUCAUCCGGGCAACAUCUUGUUCCCAAAGUGCUUCAAUUGAUCAUGGCCGCUCAUUGAUUUAUGAGAUUUGCCAGCAUUUGCGAAAUGGGGAACCACUUCCAGAGGCCUGGAAGUUCUUCCUGGAACAAUCCGAUGUAAAAGUUGAUCUAUCAGGUUGCCCGAUGGCAGCAACAAUGGCGAAAAAACGUGCAGAAAAGAUGACCCUGGAGAGAACUUGGUCCCAAACCUCAUGGGCCACCGUUGCUCAACCUUUACUGCAAACUGUUAUGCCUCAUUUUCUCCUUGGGCUAGCAAUUUUUGCGCCUCUGAACUGGAUUCUUCACGUGAAAGAAAACGUGGAACUUCCACUGUAUUGGUUGUUUCCUUUAUUUUGGGUUUCUACUGGGAUUUUGGCGGCACUAGCUUGCGUCAUAGCCAAAUGGACUCUCGUGGGAAAGAAGAGAGAUGAGGAAACGAUGCAGAUUUGGAGUUUAGGUGCUUUUAUGGACACUGUUUGGCAGGCUUUCAGAACUGUUGUUGGGGAUUAUUUCAUGGAAAUGACUAGUGGAAGCUUCUUGUUUGUGUUGUGGAUGAAGCUCAUGGGAUCAGAAAUUGAGAUAGGUCAAGUGACUUACGUGGAUAGCAUGGAAGCUUUACUCAAUCCUGAAAUGGUGGAAAUAGAGAGAGGUGGGUGCAUAGAGCACGAUGCACUGCUGUUCGGACACAUAUAUGAAGGUGAAGCGGGGAAGGUUAAGUUCGGAAAGAUAAGAAUUGGAGAAGAUGGGUUUGUAGGGAGCAGAGCCGUGGCCAUGCCUGGGGUGGAAGUGGAGAAUGGAGGUUGUCUUGAUGCCCUUUCACUUGCUAUGAAAGGUGAAGUUGUUAAAUGCAGAUGAUGAAGGCUUAAAACUCCUGAUUGUGGUUCUCUAAUUUUUUCCUCUUCUUCCUUCAACAACUUGUCACUGGUCUCGUGACAUGUUGCCAAUAAAACCGUUAGCACGACAGAAUCAAAAAAAUUACAUCUCUUAUUUUCUAAGAAACACAAAUCAGUUCGUGUUGAGUCUCUGACACGAGUGCUUUGUUUGCACCCGGCAAUAAACAAUAAAUUUUGAAGACAUAUUUAGGGCAUGAUGUUACAGGUGUUAUGCUCAGGCAUUAUUUGCCUGUCUUCAGCUGUGGUUCCAUAUUUACAUACAUGUGUAUACAUAAAAUCCCAAGAAACAUCUAAAGCAUGAA